CUUCUAGUUCACCUCCUCCUCCAGGAAUAUUUGCACCCCACAUUGAUCAUGUCCAAAACUGGAAGCAAGGUAAGUAUGUUUGGUCUCAGGAUGCCUCUCUUCCACUCAUUGUCUGCAAGAAAAUGAACCUCUUCUAACAGGAAUGCAUUGUUUGCCAGCUUGGCAGAACCAAGAAAAGAGCAGAUCCUUGAGUGGCUCCCUGUUUAAGGAGGCAGGUGGUUCAUUACUAGUGGAAGACCUACAAGACGUGCCAGGUUAGAUAAUAAACAAACACCUGGAAUAAUUAGCGGACUUUCCUAGUUUUCCUUGUAGCAGCUCCAGCAGAUAUAAUUCUGUCAAAUUGAGAUCAGUAUUUGAAAAUGACAACAUUAGACAGUGUGAGAUGCUUAUUUCCUUUGUUGUUGUUUGUUCUGUGGAAGAGGAAUAAAGAGGAACAUGGAUUUAGUGGCAUGCUUUUCUUUUAAAUGCGGCUUUAUUUCACAUAUAGAAUCAAUAGUCUUGCAGAGGACAUGCAACUCAGCUUGAUAAACUUGCAGCAUAUUGCAUGUGAAAUAAGUAUCUUCGUAUGUGCUCUACAUUUGUAUUUAUUUAGAAGGCAUAAAAUGGGUGGAGAACCUGCAAUCUUCCACAUACAGUGGUACCUCUGGUUAUGAACUUAAUUCGUUCCGGAGGCCCGUUCUUUACCUGAAACUGUUCUUAACCUGAGGUACCACUUUAGCUAAUGGGGCCUCCCGCUGCCGCUGCGCCGCUGCCCCGUGAUUUCUGUUCUCAUCCUGAGGUAAAGUUCUUAACCUGAGGUACUACUUCUGGGUUAGUGGAGUCUGUAACCCAAAAUGUUUGUAACCCAAGGUGUUUGUAACCCGAUGUACCACUGUAUUGCUGGACCACAAUUUAAUAAUCCCCAACCAUUGGCUAUGCUUGCUGGGGUUGAUGGGAAUUAGAGCCUAACAAAAUCUGGAAGGCAGUGAGUUUCUUAUAUUGGGGAUGCAUGACCAGAGCUGUUGAAUUUGGAAGGUCACAUAGGAACAAUUGUAUCUUCUUUCGCAUCAUACUAACAAGCCAAACUGCAAAACCACUCAUAAUAAGCUCUCAGAAGGAAGCUUUGCUUGUGCUUCAAGUUAUGACACUGCUUCACUGAGGGAUCACCUAAUCGGGUCUUUGUACAAACAAUGAAGUACAGAAAUACAAAUGUAUUGUUUUGCGUGACCUUUAGAUUCUUGUUCUUCUAAUUUAAGAAGAAGAGGCUUGACCAAGAAUGGAGAACACUUCCUGCCUCUGAAGUGUCAAGCAGCUAUAACCUUUGGUACUUGGUCAGGGGUCCAGUAGGUAGACUCUGGUGGGAGCAGAGCUAAUAGAAAAUUGCUUUCUGUUUGCUCUGCUGGGUGGUGCUAGCAGAUGGUGGGCCAGUGGUGGGAUUCUGCUGCAGGAUUCGUGCAGAGAAUCGGGUGCAAAUGUAUUCCCCACACAACCACUUCCCCCAAACAGCAAUCUGUGUACCCACUGAAUGUUUGUACGGUUUGAAUGUGCGAAGGAUAAGUUUACUGCUUCAGAUAGAACAUAUUGGAGGAGGGGACAGCUGUGAUCUCCCUCUCCCUCCUCAUGUUCCUGUCCCUGGAUAUGUUGUCCAAAUAGGGUUUGUGUGAAUUGGCUUUGAUGCACAUUCUGAAAGGAACAGGUGUUUAAAGUAGCCUGGAGUUCCCCUGUCUUGAACUGAAAUGAUGAUUCCCCGCCCCCUCUGGUGCUCAGUGUGAUGCCCUUGAGUGAAGUAGCAGGAUAGGAUUCAUUACCAAGCUGCCCAUUUUCUAAGAAUGUCAGAGGAGGUGCUUUUCCAUAUUCCAUCUUUAGGCGAAACAUAUCAUAUACAAAAGAGAGGGCCUUAUCUGUGGUGGCUCCCUGACUGUGGAAUGCCCUCCUGAGAGACAUACAUCUGCUACUGACAAUAUAUUAUUUUUGCAUCAGGUCACAACCUUUUUAUUCACGCAAGGCAUUUUGAAUUUUGGCAUUUUGAGCUGGUUUAAUAGCCUUAUUCCUCCUAACUUUAUUGUGCUGUUGGUUUGUUGUAUGCUGUAUUUGUAAUUUUACAUUUCUUUGCAUACUAUCCUGAAAUCUACAUUUGGAUGAAGGGUGGUUUAUACAUUUUUUAAGUAAGGAAAUGCUGUGAGCUCAAGAGAGUCAUGUCAUCCAUAAGAAAUGCAAAAUGUCAUCUGUACCUAUUGCUGUAAUAUUGGCUAACCUAAUUGCAACCUUACCAUAGACUUCCUGUUGACACUCAGGGUACUUUUUGCCUAAAUGCUCUGUCAGCUUGACAGAACGGUGCCUGGGUUGUUUAUGAGCCUUGGCUAAGUCGCAGGUAUUCUUGCGCAACUCUCUUGUACCUAAAAAUGGAAGAGGAAUUCCUAGUGGAGCUUGUUAUUAGGGAUAGGAAAUAAAUUUAAUGCAAACUGACCUAAACACAUAUCAAUAUGUGAACUGAAAUUUACACUUCUCCAAAUUUUGUGAUGCAGUUCUCCAAGCAAAACAGUGCACAGAAAUAGUUUCAAAAUAGUUGUCAGGAAAAUUGCAAAAAAUGAGGUAAAAUUGCAUGUAAAAUGCGCAUCGUAGAGGAUGCAUUUUUCACAAAUUUUCAUGCAGAUGUGAAAGAAAGUGGAAACUGAUGCAGAUAUGGGCCAAAUUGGAGUUAAGCUUGGAAAAAAAAUAGGAAAUGGAGAGAAACUGAAAUUGUUAUACACUCCCAUCCCUCGUGUCUGUGUAAUUUUAGCCAAGCUGCACCAUGUCCAGUGGAAGCAUGAUUCCUUUUGUACUUUGCUUGUGUUUCAGAUCACCUUCUACGAAGGCAAGAAUUUCCAGGGGCGCCGCUAUGAGUCUGACAGGGACUGUUUGGAUUUCCACACUGACUUGAGCCGCUGCAAUUCUAUCCGUGUGGAGGGGGGUGCCUGGGUUGUUUAUGAGCGGCCAAACUUUGCAGGGAACAUGUACGUGCUGACUCAUGGGGAAUAUCCUGAAUAUCAACGGUGGAUGGGCCUAAAUGACCGCGUCAGCUCAUGCAAAUCUAUUCAGCUAGUAAGUCGGACAUUUCCUUCCUCUCUGUUUAACUCUGAAAUCUGGGCAAAUGGGAUAUUGACACUUGAGACAGGUUCAUUUAUAAGUCUCCCCUUUUUUUAAGUACACACAGAUCCUCACACUGUAUCUGUAUCUAAUGUUAUUAACGUGGAUAAACACUAAAACAGGGGUGAGGAAACUGUGGCCCUCCUGAUGUUGUUGGACUCCAAUUCCCAUCAGCCCCAAGCAGCAUGGCCCAUGGUAAGUAUUGAUGGGAGUUGUAGUUCAACAACAAAAGGAAAGCCAUGGGUUCUCUAUGCCUGCAUUGAAGAAUGUGAAAGCUUUCUUGCUUCCAAGAGCCCUGCUGAAUCAAAGCAAAGACCCAUCAUCUAAUCCAGCAACUGUUCUCAUAGCGGCCAACCAGAUGUCUAUGACUUCAUCCACCUAAAGCAAGAGUGGUCAGGGUGGUGCCCUCCAGAUAUUGUUGAACUGCAGCUCCCAUCAUCCCUGACCUCAUGCUUUUGAGGCUGGGAUGGUGCUGGAGGACUCACCUCUUUUGAUAGAGCCUUUUGCCUGGGUCUGCAAAAGUUCUGGUAGGCUAUAAAGCAUGGUUAACAGAAUGCAUGUUGCAUGGGACCUUGGAGUCUGAUAUGCCAUAGGAUAUUAAAGAUGAUAUAUGCCAUAUUGGGAACAGCUUGCCCAGAGGGCUGAAGCUACAGCAACAGCCUCCUGGCAGCAAAACUACUGUUACUGGAAGGAAGGAGGCAGAACGAUGAUGAGGUAAGAACUCUGUCAGUGCACUGGCAGGAGUGCUGGAUUGGCUUUGCCGGUGCACCUGUGCAGCCCCAACUUUACCAUUGCCUCAUUCCUCUGGUAAGCAGCAGCAACAACAUUGCUUCUGGGAGGUUAUUGCUGCAUCUCCACUGCAAGCCGCUCCUGUGCCGUGUGCAAUUCCCACCAUUUGGUUUUACAACAGGGACGGGGAACCUGUGGUCUCCCAGAAGUUGAACUCCAACUCCCAUCAGGCUAAGCCAGGAUGACCAUUGGUCAGGGAUGAUGGGAGUUGGAGUCCUGCAACAACUGGGGGGGGGCACAAGUUCUCAAUCCCUGUUCUAUACUCACAAUUGGUAAUGAAUUAGAUCCUUCCUGCUUCUUGCUAGGGGGCACUGGCUGACAGGGGUCUCACAGAAAGUAUAAAAAGUAUAAUAAAGAUAACUAAAUACACAUAAAGUGGUGGUUGGUUCUGCAGCCACAAUACAUUCUUUGCUUCAUUGGGUAAUGUCUAUUUUCCAUUCAAUAUUGCAGUCUGAACUGUACACAGCCUCUGCUCAGCUCCUCAAUAACAUGUUGUGUUCUCCAUCCUCCUCCUUCUAGCCCGGUGGAGGCAAAUACCAAAUUCAGCUCUUUGAGAAGGGUGACUUUAGUGGCCAGAUGCAUGAAUCCACAGAAGACUGCCCUUCUGUCAUGGAUCAGUUUCACCUGCGCGAAAUCCACUCCUGCAAAGUCCUGGAUGGGGCCUGGGUUUUCUACGAACACCCCAAUUUCCGUGGCAGGCAGUAUCUUCUGGAGAGAGGAGAGUAUAGUAAACCUGUCGAGUGGGGGUCUGCAUCCCCAGUGGUCCAGUCCUUCCGCCGUAUUGCAGAGUAAUGGGCAGCAUUAAGUCUAAAGCCAACAUGAAAGCUGACUUGAUGCCAUAAAUAAAGCACUUGUAAGUUCA